GCCAUGGACGCUGAGGCUGACCGUGCAGCAGCGCCCCUACACCUCCCAGUGCUCUUCAAUGUCAGCAUUAUUGCGUAUCUACGCAUGCCAACACUUAGCUGAUACGUGUGAAUGCUUUGCCAUCCAGUGGCUUUAUCACUACAGUACCAAAGACAUACUCUGAAGACUGUAGAAAUAUAUACAGAAAACAGUGAAAGAUGAGCUUUGCCUGGUGAGCACACUAUGUACCCAUAUUCAGCAUUCCCACAUGGCAACCAGCACUGAAUAAAAUUGUGAUUCUGCUGAUUUUUUAUAAGGAGCUCCAGCUCAUACACUCACCGAGUUGUAUACGGGGUUCUAGUCUCAGCUCCUGUUCCUGCUUCUUAAACUAAGAUUAUAUCAUGCUUCCAUGUCUGUCAAGAAACUAAAAUUGGCAAUUUAAGUCUCAUAAACUUCUGAGUGUGAAACUCCAGUCUUCACUGAAACAGCAGAAAAAAAUAAAUAGGAAGACGGCUCAAAAUUGAACCACAAUUAUGGAUAGAUCAAAUGGAAUGAUGCCCAGGGGAAGAACUUUUAGAAGUAGCAGGGGAGGUUUUAGAGGUGGGAGAGGUGGGGGCUAUGAAGAAAGGGGAGGUUAUAAGGGAGGAAGAGGCACCUAUGAUGCUGGGAGGGGAGGCUUUAGGGGAGGAAGGGGAACUGGGGCAAGAGGCAGUAGCUAUAAUCCAGGCAGAGGCAGUAGCUACACAGGAGGAGGAAGUGGUGGCUAUAGCGAAGGAAUGACUAGUGGUUAUGAAGGAGGGUCCAGUGGAGGUUACAGUGGAGGAAGGGGUGGUGGUUACACAGGAAACAGAGGUGGUAGCUAUACUGGAGGAAGUAAUUACAAUAGUUAUCCUGAAGCUCACAGUACUACUUAUGGGGGCUAUGUUGAGGAAAGAGAUGGUGACUAUAGUGGUUAUAGUGGCUAUGAAGAAAGAGAUACCACUUAUACUGGAUAUAAUACAGAGAGAGCACCUGGUUACACCAGCUAUGAAGAUACGAGGAGUGGAUAUGCAAACUAUAGUGAAGACCGAGGAAGUGGUUAUGCUAGUGGGUAUGGUGAAGAUAGAAGCAGCUAUGCUGGCUAUGGUGAAGAGAGAGCAAGUGGCUAUGGUAAUUAUGAACAGGAAAGAAAUAGUGGCUAUAGUGGAAGCAGAGGAACUGGUUAUGUUACCGGAAGAGCAAGAGGCACUCGAUAUAGUGGAGGCAGAGUACGCGGUCCUAGAACAACAACAACUGCCUACACUGGAGGGAGAGGUGGUUAUGAAGCCACUACUGGUGGAUACAGGGGAGUAAAAAGUACUUAUGAUGGAACUCGUGGUGGAGUAAGAGGAUCCUGGGCUAGGGGUGGAAGAGCAAACCCGAGGGGAGGAAGAGGAGGCUAUGAAGGUGGCAGUAGUGAAUAUGAUCCUGCUCGAGGGGGAAUAAGAAGAGGAAGGGUAAAUUAUGACAAAAGCAGGAGUAGCUUCAGGGGAGCAAGAGGUACUUUUGAAGCAGCCAGGGGUAUCACCAGAGGCAACAGGGGUGCAUAUGCAGGUGGGCGGGGUGGUAUGAUGGAGUACACAAAUGACUUUUCUAGGGGAAGAGGGUUCUUAAGGAGAGCUCGUGUUAUUAGGGGAAGUGGAUCUGUCUUAAGAGGGAGAGGCAGCAGCAGGGGAGGAAGACCCAUUGUUAGGGGUACCCGUGGUGGAUAUUCAGGAGUUGCGUCUUGGGUGCAAGGCUAUGGCUAUCAAGAUGGAUCUAUGCAGGCAGAGCCUCAGAAGGACAAAUGUGUUAUUUACUUGAAUUUCCCUGGUGCAAUCACUGAUAAAGGCGUUGCUGAAUUAAUGGAAUUUGGAAAAACAACAACAACAAUGCACUUCGGAUGGAAAUGCUGUAUAACUUAUGAAUCAGAAGCCAAAGCAAUAGAAAUGGAAACAAAACUAGCAGAAAUGGAAUUUAAUGGUCAGAAACCAAACAUCGACUCAUCACAUAGGAAGACGAUAGCCUCUGAACCAGCAAAGCGGAAUUCAAGUGGUGAAACAGAAAUUUCUCCGGCUAAGAAAAAAAAAGUUGAAGAUGGAAGCAGCGCUGAAAAAGUUGACGAAGAUGCUUCUGAAAAAAUGGACGAAGAUAAAGCCAAGUAUGAAGAUGAUGAGGUUGAAAUGGUCGAGGCAAGUGGUGAUAAUUGUGAGGAAGUGGAUGCAAAGCAUAAUGUUAAUGUAAAAGGGAAUGAGAAGCAUGACCAAGAAAAUGAAAGAAUGGAAAUGGAAAGUGGAGAUGUGGAAGCUGGUGCUGAGUAGAUUAUAUCUUAAGACUUUUUAAGGAUAUUUUAUAAUAAAGUACGAUGGAUUGAUAACUUGAAUGUAGUGAUUGCUAAGAUUUUUUUAGUUGUAAGGAUAGAGAACGUGUUUUUUGCAAGGUACAACUUUUGGAGACUCCAAAUGUUUUAAUGUGUAAUUAGAAUAUUGGAAUAGUUAAAAUAACAUUCAAUAAAAUGUGUAACUUUUUUCUUUUAAUGUUUUACUGCUUGCCUUCUGUAACUUGUAUACUAUUAAGUUUGGGGUGCAGCCACUCUACAGAUGUACCCUAGGAGUGCCUGUUGAGUUAUUUGUUCAUAACCAUUUAGUUUGGAUACCAAUAACAUCAAAAUAAUUAAACCCUGCUAAAAUAGCUCCACUGUAUAAAGAUUAUAUCAAAACAAUCACCUAUAUUUGUCCAACCAUGCAAUUUUUGUCAAAAUUUAAUGUCUAUUUUUAAUUUAUAAUAUGAUGAAAUUUUAUUUUGAUAAGAUAUAAUUCAUGUUUGAAGUAUUGGUUUCCUAGUUAUUUCUUACAUGGAAAAAACAAUAGGUAUGCAAAGCAGUUUGGGCAGACAAUCUAGGAGUAAUACUAGAACAUAAAAUGUAUAUUGUAUAUGUAUAUAAAACUAUAGAUAUACAGUAUAAAAAUAAAAGGUAAUACUGUACUAAUCCCAAUUAAUAUAUUGAUCAAUUAGUAAACACUAAUAUAAUAAACACUAACAAUGAAAAAUAUUUUUAGGUAUGAUACUGUAGAUUAGAAAGGAAACAUAGUUUAUAACUGAAUAAUGAAUUUAGUUGAACUUCAAAUAUAAUCAAACCAAUUUUAAAUGUAUGUAACUGUUACAAAAUUAGGUGACUUGUUUAUUACAUUAUGGCUAUGCACAGCAUUUUGGGUAAGCUAAAACUAGAACUUAAAAUGACUUGACAUGAAUAAUUGCAUUUAAGAUUAUUGGAAUGCUAAGUUUAACAUAAUUAAGUUUUCUGAAAAUUAUUAAAUGUAAUAAUUUAGUAAAAAAUUGCAUAUUAAAACAACAGUACUAAUGUAAAGAGAUAUUAAUACAAAAUAGUAUUGACAUUUUUAGUUUAAAUAACUAUUAAGAGAGUAGAAAUAUAAUGGUGGUGACAAGUGCACGAGUUUGAAUGCCGUUGGAAUCAGAGCAAGCAGGUUGCAUUAGAUAUAUUUAAAGACAAGCAAAAUGCUGACAUAAUGUACAGACAGUAUAAUCUCUGGCCAGUGCAACCAGGUGAUAAACUAAGUGAAUUAUAAAUUAUUAUUAUAAUCAAAAAGAAUGUGAAUUAUAAAGGAUAAAAUAGUGGAGUGAUAUCAAACUGCAGUAUCUAGUACUUAAGAACCUAAAAUAUAGUAAUGUGAAAAUAUAUGCUCCCACAGUGAAAGACUGUUCCAGGGAACAAUAAUUUGCAUAUCUGACAAUGGCAAAUUCUAUUAUUUUAUAAACAAUGCUGAAAUUUACAUGUGAACACUAGUGACAACUACAAAUUUUCAUGUUGUAAUAACAGCUCACAUUUCCCACAAAUAUAAUAGCUCAUAAUAAAUAAGACAAUUAGCUGACAAAGUGAAGAUGUUAUAAUCUGGAACAGAAUGCAGCCAAAAUAUCACUGAGUGGAAGGGGAAUGCUAAAGCUCUAUUAUAUGCCUAACAGUUGGAGGUUGACUUCAGUAAAAUAAAAUAGAAGGUAGCAAUUUUUAAAUCUUAUAUAGUGGCACCCCUAAAUGUAACAGUUUUUGUUACCCAUUAUCCAAUCAAAUUAUACUAAUUCUGCAAAUGAUAAACAGUAAACCCUGAAUUUUUUUCUUACAUGCUUUGUUGUUAAGUACAUUAAUGUAUUGUAUUAAAAAAUUAAACAUUAUGAACCCAA